UGGGAAAACGACGGGCGCAGGGCGCUUCAAACAGUACGGGUAGUAGAAAAAGUGCAGACACUACGCCACUCCCCCGGAUUCAAUUUACAAGAAACCUUCUUCCAUCGCUGCUGAUUUCUUCAUUCAAAAUCUGUUGUCGCCUCUCGAUUUCCCACGCCGCUUCUUCCACCGAUCCUCCAUUUUUAUUCUCUGUCUCUCCUCCUUUUUGUUUGUUCCCUGUUUCUUCUUCUUCAUCUUCUUCAGUUGAUCAGAAAAAAUGCCGUCGAACAACCUGCUUCUGGAGGAGCCUAUCAGGAUGGCUUCCAUCCUCGAACCCUCAAAGCCUGCUUUCUUCCCUGCGAUGACGAAGCUUGUGGGGACGCUGGGUCCGAAAUCGCGGUCUGUGGAGAUCAUCUCUGCGUGCCUCAAGGCGGGAAUGUCUGUGGCACGGUUUGAUUUUUCCUGGGGCGAUGCAGAGUUUCACCAAGAGACAUUAGAAAAUCUGAAGAUGGCUGUCAAAAGUUCGAAGAAGCUUUGUGCAGUUAUGCUAGAUACUGAGGGUCCUGAGUUGCAAGUCAUCAACAAAAGUCAGCAUACCAUUCCACUUCAGGCUGAUUCUUUUGUUGUUCUAACGCCGGACCAAAGCAAAGAAGCCUGUUCUAGUUUACUGCCAAUAAAUUUUAAUGGAUUGGCAAAGGCUGUGAAGAAAGGAGACACUAUAUUUAUUGGCCAAUAUCUCUUUACAGGAAGUGAAACUACUUCUAUAUGGCUGGAGGUCACUGAGGUGAAUGGGGAAGAUGUUGUUUGUCUGAUAAAGAAUUCUGCUACCUUGUCUGUUUCAUUGUACACUUUGCAUGUCUCCCAAAUUCGUAUUAAUCUGCCUACUCUUACAGAUCAAGACAAGGAGGUUAUAAGCACAUGGGGAGUUCGAAACAAUAUAGACUUUCUCUCAUUGUCAUACACUCGGCAUGUGGAAGAUGUGCGCCAUGCCCGUGAGUUUCUUUCUAAGUUGGGCGACCUUCAGCAGACUCAAAUUUUUGCGAAGAUUGAAAACGUUGAGGGUUUAAUCCAUUUUGAUGAGAUCCUACGAGAAGCAGAUGGAAUUAUCAUUUCUCGUGGAAAUUUGGGAUUAGAUCUCCCACCAGAGAAGGUUUUUCUGUUUCAAAAGGCAGCUGCAUACAAGUGCAACAUGGCUGGAAAGCCUGUAGUGGUUACACGUGUUGUGGACAGUAUGACUAACAACCUGAGGCCUACUCGUGCUGAAGCAACGGAUGUUGCUAAUGCUGUAUUGGAUGGGACUGAUGCAAUUCUUCUAGGGGCAGAGACCCUGCGGGGAUUGUACCCUGUUGAGACCAUUUCCAUUGUUGGAAAAAUCUGCGCUGAGGCAGAAAAGGUUUUCAAUCAGGAUCUGUAUUUCAAGAAAGCUGUCAAAUUCGUUGGAGAACCAAUGACACACUUGGAAUCUAUUGCUUCCUCCGCGGUACGUGCAGCCAUCAAGGUGAAAGCAUCUGUUAUAAUUUGCUUCACUUCAUCUGGAAGAGCUGCGAGACUGAUUGCCAAGUAUAGGCCAACAAUGCCCGUGCUCUCCGUUGUUGUCCCUCAGCUCAAGACAAAUCAACUCCGCUGGACUUUUUCUGGUGCCUUUGAGGCAAGGCAAUCACUCAUAGUCAGAGGCCUAUUCCCCAUGCUCGCAGACCCUCGACACCCGGCUGAGUCCACAAGUGCUACAAAUGAAUCAAUUUUAAAGGUUGCUUUGGAUCAUGGCAAGGCCUGUGGAAUCAUAAAGUCACACGACCGUGUUGUUGUUUGCCAGAAAGUGGGUGAUGCAUCUGUGGUGAAGAUUAUUGAGCUGGAAGAUUAGAACUUGCAAUGUCCAAUAUUUCGGGCUAGUAGAAGCCAUCAGACAAGUUCUUAGUACCCAUCCCAUCCCAUUCUAGGGUUGCAUCACUUUUACUACAAAGGAGACUGUAUAGCAUUCUUAUAAUGGUGGAGUGAGGCAGCAUGUGAGAUUAACAGGCAUGCUGCACUCAGAAAAGUUGCUGUGUUGGUUUGUGGCUCCAUGGCUGUUGCCUUUUGCUGUUUCCUAGCGAUUCUAUUUUGUUCCCUUUCAUAUGCUUGCAUUGUGGUCAAAUAGUUACGUGAGUUAUGGUUACAAAGUAGGAAUGCAAAUUAGAUGGGCAAAUAAUUUUGGAUGCAUUAGUUCAAAUGACAUUAAUUCAUUGGGACCAUUUCUGUUAAAGUUUAAGAGCAGCCUAUUUGGGGGCUUAUUAGUAGAUAUUAUUUAUUGUGAUGUUAAUUGCCACUAGUAUUUAGUACUGUACUAGUAAAUUGUUUUUCUAUUUUGAUUUCUCUCGAGAACUUUUUGCUA